GAUGCAGGGAAGGUGAAGGAUAAGAAAGGGCUCUUGUCCUCAGUCAAGAAAAAGAGCCUUUGGGGACCAGUUAGAGAAUUCCCUAAAUUCUCUCACUGUUGUAAGUUACUGAAACUGUCCCUAAGGCAGGGCCUCUGAGUCAUGGACACUUAUUCCAGUGAGGAGACCCGGAAGCAGGAUGCUUCCUGUUAUUAGGGUCCCUGUCCAGCCAGUUAGGGUUGGAAUUAAUUUGGUUAGGAAAUUCUUGGACCAGCCCAGUUUUAGGUAGCUCCACUUCCCCCUGGGUGGGGCAGCAAUCCCUUAUAUAAAGAGGUCCUCUGCUGCAAGGCUAGCAUCCUCCUGAUACUUGAUUCCCGAUCUACUUUGGAGAACCUGGUGAGUCUGAUUUCUUGAGUUCUUCUGUUUAUUGGUUGCUAUCAAAUAUUUGAACUGAAUCUGAAGACAGAAAAUUGGGUGUGAAGAAAGUUAGCAUUAUGGGUUUAUGCCAUUAAUUGAUGAAAAUUGUGAAUUGGGGCAUAAUGAUACAAGGAUAUACUGCUUUGACUUGGUUCUGGUAGACUGAAAAAGAAGUUAAUAGAAAAGCUUUGGUUUGAAGAAGAGUACAAGGUAAUAUUUUUUUUUUCCUUUCCAUUUCUUUUUGAGUCCAUUCUGCUGUGAUUUCUAAAGUCAUUGAAUUCUCCCUGAACAGUUGCUUGCUCUUUCCCCAUGUGUUGAUGCCUUGUAAGAAAUAAUGCUAGGAAUUCCUUAUGAGGUUGCUCAGGAUUUCAGAACUUGUGACUGGCUUUCUUGAAGAUGUUAUUUUCAUGUAAACAUCGUUAGUUGCUGCUUUAGAAGAGAGAGAAUUUUCCCAGAGCUAGUGAAGUAACAGGCUAGAGAGGAGAAGACAGACUGUGAUAAAAAACAGAGUUAAGAGAUAAUAACAUAUCUCAGAGACUGGAGAGGUGAUAUCCAGUGGAAUCAAAUAAGCUCUGGUUUCUCUGUCUGUAGAAGUUCCUUCUUGUGAACACUGUUAUCUAAUUUCUUUCAGAUUUCCAGAGGCUCCAGAAAGAUGUCUUACCAACAGCAGCAGUGCAAGCAGCUCUGCCAACCACCUCCUGUGGUGUGCACACCUAAGUGCCCUGAGCCAUGUCCACCUCCAAAGUGCCCAGAGCCAUGUCCACCUCCAAAGUGCCCAGAGCCAUGCCCACCCCCAAUAUGCCCACCUCAGCCAUGUCAGCAGAAAUGCCCUCCUACACAGAUAUACCAACCCUGCCAGCAGAAGUGUCCUCCUAAGAGCAAGUAACAGCUUCAGGACUCAUCAGGAUCAUGAAAGGAUAAGGACAAUUGGCUCAGACUCCUUCCACAACUCCACCUUCAUCUUCUCUUUCAAGCCAGUCAUGGACACAGCUUCUCUAUCCAUUAGUCCAUGAUCUUCCUGUGAUGAU